AUGGCUGUAAAAGAAGUUAUAUGUGACAAUGAAAAAGAGCGCUUUCAGUUUGAAGAGGCUUUGUUACUGCCAACGCAUUGGAAGGCCAGAUUUCUGGGGGGAGAGCCUGAACUUUUGCAUCAGGUGCUGUCAAUGUUGUGCUGCCAGCCAAUAGUUGUAUACAUCCCGCAACGUGAGACCUUAUAUACAUCUGCACACUCAUCUUCAGAUAGUAACGAGAACUCAUGCCAGCUGCAUCCUCACAUUUGUGGAAGGGGAGCCGGUUCAUUCCGGUUCAUACAAGCUCCAAUUAGGUUUUCAAAUGCGACAGCGGGUGCGUCAUCCACCCAAUGCUUCUGCAAGGAUUCAAAGUAUGAAGGAACAUUUCGAGCAAACGUGGAAUGCGCCAUUUGCCAAGCUAAACAAGAAGAUUUAUCGGUUCACGAGUCCAACCAUUUCAGAUCGAUUGUGCCUUUUGAGAUAUGGAUCAUUCCUCGUAAACACUCUUCUCAUUUCCAUGAUAUUGAUCCUGAUAUGACAAAUGAUCUUGGUGGUGUGUUGAAGCUUAUGCUGGGGAAGAUGAGUUUGCAGUUGAAAUAAUAUGGUGAUACACAGUGCUCCUCUUCGAACAGAGUCGACUCAGAAAGUUCUUCAUCUAACGGUGGUGGGAGGAUUUGAGCUCGGAACUGGAUGCUACAUCAACCCUGUUCUGCCGGAGGAUGCUGUGCAAAGGUGUUGAGGGAAGUAAGAGUUCAGGAUUAGAGGCUUGUAGUGUGCAUGAAUUCAAUUCUUGAUGUAAAUCAUUUGAUUCGGUUAGGACAUGUAUACCUUAGAUUUUCAAAUAGAGAGUUUUUUUUUUAACUUUUAAUGAAGGACGAUGGUUGAUAUGUCUUGUUUGUAAUCCACUUGGCAUUAUUUUAACCA